UGGGUCAAACUGGUGGAGGGACUGGUCCUGUUAACAACAUGGGGCUGGAGAUGUUAUCCAGCAUGUUUGGUGGACUUGGAGCUGGUAGCCUAGCUGUUCCAAAUAGAUCAAAUGAGCCACCGGAGCAAUUGUAUGCUACCCAACUUUCACAACUUCAAGAGAUGGGAUUCUUCGACACACAAGAGAACAUUAGGGCUCUCAUUGCCACUUCAGGGAAUGUUCAUGCAGCCGUUGAACGCCUUUUGGGGAAUUCUGGUCAGUAGAAGAUAAUUCAGCAAAUUGCUUUUUUUUCUCUACUGCAGCAGACUUUGGAGGUUGACCACUAUGUUCAAGUGCCUUGUUGGGUAUUUAAAUAAAAUCAGAAAUCUGUCCAAAUUAUAGUGGUCAGAGCUGAAAUGGUGUAGAUUAUAUACAUUGU